ACGGACAAAGAAGGACGCGCCAUGGCAUAUUGCAAUGGUGUUGGGAGGAUUUUCUGGUAUGGUAGCGACAACAAUUGUACAUCCUUUAGACCUGAUUAAAGUGCGUCUACAAUUGAUCUCUCGAUAUUGUACCACAAGAGAAAUGGCGCGGCAAAUAGUACGUUGCAGAGGGUUCAAGGCGUUGUACGCUGGUCUCUCUGCUGGAUUAUUGAGGCAGAUAACCAACACCACAACUAGACUUGGUGUUUAUCAUGCGCUCUAUAAUGUACACUACAGGAAAUAUGAAAGAUAUCCAGUUAUUUAUGAAAAGAUCACGAUUGGUAUAACUGCAGGGUUAGCGGGAGCUCUAGCAGGACACCCCUCGGAAGUGGUUUUAGUGAGAUUAAUGGCAGACGGACCUUUGGAGCCUUGUAUAGCCUGUAGCUGUCCGAAAAUAUACAGGGGCACUUUUCACGCUCUUCAAAAAAUAUGUAAAGAAGAAGGUAUGCGUGCCUUGUGGCGUGGGGGGACAUUGACCCUCGGAAGGUCAGUCCUGGUCAGCGUUGGGCAAAUAGGGAGUUAUUCACAGGUUCGAGAAAAAUUCCGAGAAAGAAACCUGGCGAAGGGUCUGUCUCUGCACAUAUAUACUUCGUUUGUCUCCAGCUUCCUGACGGCCGUCUUCUCCUUACCAAUUGAUCUCGUUAAGACUAGAUACCAAGUGAAACGCAGAGGGAUAAAACUGUCGGAGAUAUUUUCUGAUAUUCUCCAUAAAAAAGGAAUAUGGUAUUUCUGGAAAGGUUUCGUGCCCUACUACGUGAGGAUGGCAAUACAUACCACGGUGUCGUUGCUGAUAUUCGACAAGAUCUACACAAAAUAUGACACACUACAAUAAAAACACGCUAACCUCAAAUAAAAAGUUUAGAAUUACAUCGACCUCAAUUAUUACAAAUUAUUCUCCUGAAACGUACUUGUAUAUUGAUUGAUAAAAAUUACU